AUGAUGUUAACGUGUGACUAUUCCGACGCAUCAGAACAAACUUCUCGAAAGUUUGCUAAGACAUGUGUAGAAAAGAAACGACGCGAUCGUAUUAACAAAAGCCUCGAUGAAUUGAAAGAUCUCAUGGCUCUAACCGAUGAAAGAGCAAGAUAUCAAAAAUUAGAGAAAGCAGAAAUUCUCGAAAUGACUGUAAAUUAUAUUCGAAAUUUAAAACGAACAAUGAACAAUACCGUGGAAGACUAUGAAAGUGGCUAUCGACAAUGUUCAGAAGAAAUGUGGACACUAAUUCAUUCAUUACCAAAUAUCGUUCCAGAACAACGCGAAUGCUUAGCAACACGUUGUCGACAAAUGUGGUCCAAUCGUCGAUAUGCUCAUCAUCCGUAUCAACGACGUGUACCAAUCUCAACUGAAUCCUAUUCUCACCAUCAUUCUCAACCAUCACAACAACAACAACGGCAACAACAACCAUCACCAUCCUCGUGUCUCAAAAUUCUUAUCAAUCAUUCCACAGUGCCGAAUUCCACUAAACCAUAUCCGUCAGUCUCUUCUUUACCAUCGUCAUCGUCAUCAAGUGUGUCUUCGAAUUCUCUCAGUCCAUCAUCACCCAAACUAUGGAAACCAUAUAUGUAA